AGUAUGUCGCUCUGGAGCCAUGUUGAGCAAGCACCCCCCGACCCCAUCUUGGGUGUCGGUGUUGCAUACAACGCUGAUCCUGCUGAGAAGAAGGUGAACCUUGGUAUCGGCGCUUACCGUGACGACACCGGCAAGCCCUGGGUUUUGGGAUGCGUCAAACACGCUGAGCAGAAGAUUCUCAAGGAUACUGAGGAUGGCAAGAUGAACAAGGAGUAUCUCCCCGUACAGGGUCUUCAGGCCUUCUUGGAUGUCACCUCUGCUGUGAUCCUUGGCAAGGAUUCUCCCUUGAUCAAGGAGAAGAAGGUGGCUGUCGUGCAGUCCCUCUCCGGCACUGGAGCUCUUCGUAUUGCUGCCGAGUUCCUGUCCAUCUACAAGCCAGGAGUUCCUGUGUACGUUAGCGACCCCACUUGGGGAAAUCAUCAUCAGAUCUUCAAGAAGGCUGGCCUUCAGACCCACAGCUACCGUUACCUCACUAAGGACAUGAAGCUUGACAUCGAUGGGAUGCUUGCUGACUUGAAGGCUGCUCCUGAGGGCAGUGUGUUCAUCUUUCACACCGUUGCACACAACCCAACUGGCGUUGAUCCCAACCCCGAUCAGUGGAAGAUGAUUGCGGAUGUUUGCGAUGCCAAGAAGGCCAUCCCCGUGUUCGACACUGCUUACCAAGGAUAUGCUUCCGGAGACCUGGACAAGGACGCCUACUCCGUUCGCUACUUUGCUCAUGAGCGUGGAUUUGAAUUGUUUGUCACCCAGUCAUACUCAAAGAACUUCGGCCUCUACGGUGAGCGUAUCGGUGCGUUGAACGUUGUCUGCAAGGACCCUGCUGUAGCCACCAAGGUCACCUCGCAACUUGGACUUAUCGUGAGAGCUAUGGUCUCCAACCCUCCUCUUCAUGGCGCCAGGAUUGUGUCGACUGUGAUCUCUGAUCCCGAGCUCUUCAAGCAGUGGGACACGGAGCUCAAGCUGAUGGCCAAUCGCAUCAUCAGCAUGCGUCAAGAUCUUGUCGAUGCUCUCAAGGCGAUCGAUUGCCCCACUCCUGCUCCCAUUUACAAGGACUGGUCUCACAUCACCAGCCAGAUCGGAAUGUUCGCCUUCACUGGCUUGCAGGCAAAGCACGUCGAUAUCUUGAGCAGCAAGUGGCACAUCUACUGCACCAAGAACGGACGUUUCUCCAUGGCUGGCCUCAACGCCCACAACGUCAACUACGUUGCUGAGGCCAUGAAGGAUGCGCUGGUUACCGCUGGUCCUGCUGACGUGUAAAUGGCGGAGAGGAAGGAAAUUAAUUCAGGGUUUCAUUGCUGAGAUUGAGAUAAUGAAGAUCUUGGUCUG